UCAACCACUACAAAGAAACAAACAAAGAAAGCAAAAAAGCUGAUCGAGUACCGAUCGUGAGGGGGUUUUAAUGGCUGAGACUACGAUCGUAGAAGGAGAGAGGAGGAUGGUGGUGGCGGCGAUCGACGAGAGCGAGGAGAGCAUCUACGCCCUCAAGUGGUGCCUUGACAACCUCAUCCCCGCGCGCGAUGCCAACACGGUUGUAUUGCUGUACGCUCGUCCUGUGACGCCAACCUACUCCAUGUUGAACGGCGCAGGGUAUCUGUUUUCAGAAGAAGUCCUGGCUUCGAUGGACCGAUACAGCAGAGACCUCGCAAAUUCGGUGCUGGAAAGAGCUGAAAACAUCUGCAGAAACUACGAUAACAUUAAAGUUGAGAAGAAGGCUCGCAGCGGAGACGCGAGAGACGUGAUUUGCGAUACGGUCGAUAAGGUUGGGGCCGAUGUCUUGGUGAUGGGCAGUCAUGGCUACGGAUUCAUUAAAAGGGCAUUUAUUGGGAGCGUGAGUGAUUACUGUGCUCGAAACGCGAAGUGCCCGGUUUUGAUCGUCAAGCGUCGAGCGUGAGGACCGCAGAAUAUUGGACGGGCCUCGUCGUUUCUCGUCUUUUUUUUUUUUUAUGUUCUCAAUAAUAACCCUCAAAAUGCGAUGUAAAUAAAGGUUUUUCUUAUGAUUAUUGUGUUUAAUAAACAUGUAAAAUAUCCGAACCAGGGGCUUUAAAUCAA